UCGGGUUAGAUCAUUUUUGCUUGAAUUAUCGGCAACACGUGUGUGUGUGUGUGUGUGUGCUCAUCGAAUGCAGUAACACAAAUAAAUAUUAUUUACAACUACUAUAUCCGUGAUAAUAUGGAUUUAUCUAUCGAUCUUAUAUCAAAAAUCUCUCAUUAUGAUACUAAGGCCGCUUUCUUAGAAUCGUUUGCCGUCGAAAAGUACAUACUCAUUACGUGUAACCCUAACAUUGCAGCAUGACAUAUUUAAGACACCGUUAAAUCAUUCCAGUGAACCAUAUGUGUCUAAUAUACAGUAGCAACAAUGUCUGAGAACAUAUCGACCGAGGGAGCAGGUCAAGAUAUCAUGCUGGAACACAUGAAUUCCCAUGAUUCUGAAUUCGACGAUGAAUUGGGUGUACCCGAUUCUCUGGAAGCCACUAUCAAUGAGAAUCAGACCGCUGAUGUUGAAACUAAGGAAGAUACAGACAAUAAUGAACGCCUUGGUGUAAUACCAUUUUCUGCUAUUCAUCAACUUCCAAAAAAGAUUAAAAGUCUAAAUUAUAAUGUGUUCAUUCCUGGUGAAGAAGUGCAUGUGAACAUUAUAGACAAUGAGCGUAGUGUUACAACACAUCCUUUGAAUCCAAAUCUGUACACCAUAGAAUUUAAGCAUGGUGGUUUCACCUGGACAAUUAAAAAGAGAUACAAAGAUAUUCAGUAUUUACAUAAUCAAUUGAAAAUAUAUCGUGCUAGCUUGAAUAUACCGUUCCCAACGAAAACCCACAAAGAAAGAAGGAACAGUUUGAAGAGCUUAGUACAACUGAAGGAAGCCAAGGGUCGUAAAGGAGCAUUGCCAAGAUUUCCAAAUAAACCUGAAGUUCUGGUACCUUAUGAACAGUUGGAUCAGAGGAAGAAGCUACUCGAAGAGUAUUUGACGAAUUUAUUGAAAAUAAAAAUUUAUAAGCAUCACCCUGAAACUAUCAACUUCUUAGAAAUUUCGCAUUUAUCAUUCAUAGCAGAUUUAGGGGUGAAAGGUAAAGAAGGACCUAUUUCAAAACGAACGGGAUCAGGCGCAAAGAAAGGGUGCAAUGUCUGUGGUCUGUUGGAAGGCAUGUGUUGUAUUAAAUGUUACAAUUUUUGUACAUAUCUAUGUGGGAAAUGGCAUACUCGCCAUCUCGUUGUUAAGGACACUUUCGUCGCCUACAUUAGGCCCAAAACUAGCACCAUACAGUCAGUAAUUUUAAUGGACUAUGGUUUCGGGAUCAGUUACGGUUUAUACAUAACAGGAAGAAGUGGUCUGCAAAUUGCAAAUCUUAGUAGACAUAUAGUGAUCGACUGCUGGACCAGGAGGAAGGCCAGAGAAUGGAUGAAAUUCAUUCAAGAAGUUAGUAACAACGAAGGUCGAGAUUUCACACAAUCGAACCCGCACAAUUCGUUUGCACCUUGCCGACUAUCUACACCUGCUACCUGGUUCGUCGACGGAUCUAGUUACAUGUCUUCCAUAGCAGACGCACUAGAGAAUGCUAAAGAAGAAAUUUUUAUUGCAGACUGGUGGUUAUCACCUGAGAUAUUUAUGAAAAGGCCGGCGAUUAAUAGCGAUUACUGGAGGCUGGACAAAAUCCUGGAAAGAAAAGCUCUCGAGGGAGUGAAAGUAUUUGUAAUGAUUUAUAAAGAAGUAGAAGUUGCUUUAGGAAUAAACAGCUUCUACAGCAAACAACGACUCGUUGAAAAAUGUCCGGAAAACAUAAAAGUAUUGCGACAUCCGGAUCACGCGAGAGUAGGCAUAUUUCUCUGGGCGCAUCACGAAAAAAUCGUGGUUGUUGAUCAGAGCAUUGCAUUUCUUGGUGGCAUCGAUCUAUGCUACGGUCGGUGGGAUAAUAAUCAGCAUAGAUUAGUAGAUUUGGGUUCAAGUCAUCAUUCUAGUAUUUACAUUCCGUCCGGAGGAAAAUGCGUUAACACUAGUAGCAAGAAAAUAUCAAAUUUCAAGAAGCCUCAACAUGUUUUCUUACCGCUAGCUAUUGCCACCAAUACAAUUGUAAUGGUCACUACGAAAACAAUUCCUGUAGCGUCGACAGCCAAUUCCAAAACAGUAAUGUCAUUAGCGAUACCACAGUUGGCUCCAGAAGAUUUACUGUUGAUGCCACAAGAGAAUAUGGACACUGUAAAAUGUAAUACACCAAAUACAGAGCGAAAGAAUUUGUUCGGUAUGGCAAAAGACACCAUGGGCAAAGUCAAACAAAACAUCAAAUUGAAAAGGCAGGAAUUGAUUCAUAUGGUGUACAACCCGAACGAGGAAAGUAGUGACGAAGAGGAUGUCGUCGAUAGUGGUACAUUGCAUACUCUAAUUGAAACUGGCGAACCAAUGAUACCGGACGAGGUAGAUGCAUUUUCAGAGUAUUCAGGUACUGCUAAACUCUGGCUCGGGAAGGAUUACACAAAUUUUAUCGUUAAAGAUUUUAAUGAUCUCGAGAAACCCUAUCGGGAUUUAGUAGAUAGGAGUAGGACUCCCAGAAUGCCAUGGCAUGAUGUUGGUGUGAUGGUGCAAGGUGCAUCGGCUAGAGACGUCGCUAGGCAUUUCAUUCAACGUUGGAACGCGAUUAAGAUGGAAAAAGCAAAAUUAAAUCCGUCAUAUCCAUUCCUACUGCCCAAAUCAUACAACGAUUGCAGAAGCUAUGCAUCGUUCAUUGAUCUAUCAGAUGUGCAUAAUACUCAAUGCCAAGUUCUGAGAUCAGUUAGUUCUUGGUCUGCCGGCUUUCUUGAUUCAGAAACGUUAGAACAAAGCAUACAAGAGGCUUACAUAGACGCCAUCAGCAAAGCCGAAAGGUACAUAUAUAUAGAAAAUCAAUUUUUCAUUACACUGGCUUCUAUGGAAAAAACUGCUGUAAAAAAUCGUAUAGGAGAAACAUUGUUCAAACGAAUUAAAAGAGCUCACCGGGAAGGUGCAGUAUUUAGAGUGUUUGUGAUCAUGCCACUAUUGCCGGGUUUCGAAGGUGAAGUCGGAGGACCAAGUGGUAAAGCCCUACGUGCUAUUACUCAUUGGAAUUAUGCUUCUAUAUCCAGGGGUAAAGAUGCCAUCUUGAAUCGGCUAUUUGAAGACGGAAUAGAAGAUCCGAGUGAAUAUAUUACUUUCCAUGGUUUAAGGACGCACGCAAUGUUGAAUGGUACAUUAAUGACAGAACUGAUUUACGUUCAUAGCAAAUUAUUAAUUGUGGACGAUAACACGGUAAUUUGUGGUUCAGCCAAUAUUAAUGACAGGAGCAUGAUAGCAAGUAGAGACAGCGAAAUUGCAGUAAUAAUCCGAGAUCAGGAAUUUGAGGAUGGAAGAAUGAACGAUAUACCUUUUCUUUGUGGUAAAUUUGCUGGAUCAUUAAGGAAACAAUUAAUGUCUGAACAUCUUGGAUUGCUAGAGACAAACGACGAGAUAGAUCUGACUGAUAUAGUUCAAAAGUCAUUCUACAGAGAUAUCUGGUGUGCUAGAAGUAAUCAAAACACGGAAAUCUACGAAGAAGUGUUCCAUUGCAUUCCCACAGACAAAGUUGUUAAUUUUUCUAUGUUGAAGCAGUAUCAAAAUGAAGAACCACUUUGUUCAUCCGAUCCACAAUUGGCUCAAGAAAUGGUUGGAAAAAUAAAGGGUCAUCUGGUAAAUAUGCCACUGAACUUUUUGUGUAAUGAAGAUUUGAAACCCGCUGCUGGUACGGUAGAAGGUAUUAUGCCAACAGCGUUAUGGACAUAAAUAAAUAGGAAUCAAACUUUAUACAGUUGCAAGUACAAGAAACUAAAAAGUAUUUAAUAAUUUAUUGAUAGAAAAGAAAUUUUACUUCAACAUUCCAAAUAUUAACGAUGAAUCUAACGGAAGUUAUAAUAGUAGUAAUAGUGGUUUCAAACUAACUUUAUUCUUUCCACUGUCCAGGAUAUUUUUAAACGGCAUCUACUAGAGUACUUAAUUAUGAUUGAAUGAGAAGUUGACUUUUAUACCGAAAAUGUUAUUUUUUAAUAUUAUUUAUUUGUAACUAUCGCCGCAGCUAGUAAAAAAAUGUACAAUUUUUAACAA